GGCGCCCAGGCUAAACCGCUCAGUCGAGUCUGUCGUUAGCGGACGGUGAAGGUUACCUGCUUCAACAGUGCUUGAACGGCAACCUUUUAACUGUCUUCAGACAUUACAGCACGGGACCAUCGCUUCCAUCCAUCGAGUAAAGUUAACCUUGGAGCAUUACCCGUUGAGUUAUCCUUAAAAAAAAACAAAACAAAACAAAACAAAAAAAAAACACCUAGCUCAGAAGCUAGCUCUUUGUUUUGCUAACAACGCGCGCUACUGGGACAACUUCGACCUCUUCUCAAGAAGACCUGCCACUGAAAUUUGAACCAUGACUUCCCAGGUGAGACAGAACUUCCACCAGGACUGCGAGGCUGCAAUCAACAGGCAGAUCAACCUGGAGCUGUAUGCCUCCUAUGUCUACUUGUCUAUGGCCUACUACUUUGACCGUGACGAUCAGGCAUUGCACAACUUUGCCAAGUUCUUCCGUCAUCAGUCGCAGGAGGAGCGCGAGCACGCUGAGAAACUAAUGAAACUGCAGAAUCAGAGGGGCGGGAGGAUCUUCCUCCAGGACAUCAAGAAGCCAGACCGGGACGAGUGGGGCAGUGGCGUUGAGGCUCUUGAAUGUGCCCUGCAGCUCGAGAAGAGCGUGAACCAGUCACUGUUGGACUUGCACAAGCUCUGUUCUGGUCACAAUGAUCCACAUUUGUGUGACUUCAUUGAGACACACUACCUGGAUGAGCAGGUGAAGUCCAUCAAAGAACUGGCAGACUGGGUGACCAACCUGCGCCGCAUGGGAGCUCCUCAGAAUGGCAUGGCCGAGUACCUGUUUGACAAACACACUCUGGGCAAAGAAAGCAGCUAAAUCACUGAUCGCAUUUACGACAGCUUGCAUAUGUACAUCAUUUAGCUUGCUUCAAAUUUAAAAGCCAUCUGCAUGUUUAGUCCUUUAAAUGUAUUGCUCAUGUUAUUACUAUAAACCCCUGUGAGUUAUGUUCAAACCUGCUCUGCAUGUCUCUGAAAAGAGAAGCUUAUUAUUGCUACAUAUUUGCUGAGUUUAAAACCUGGAGUUUUUGAUCAGACCAAAUAAACCAAACUCUCUGGAUUCUGA